UACAAGGAGCACAGACCCUGAGACACAGCAGGAAUGCAAGCACCUCUCUGGCUCCAAAUGGCCCAAUCCCAAUGGCAUCCACCACCUCUUAUCUCCCUCUUUCUCUUUCUCUUUCUCUCUCUAAGUUUUCCCUCUUCCCUUGAAAACCCAUCUCCCCAAUUCUCGUGCAAACCCCCCCAUGACUGCUACCCCUUCUGCAAUUCCUCUCUCCCCACCAAAAUCCGAGCUCAAGACCUCCUCUCUCGCCUCUUUCUCUCUGAUAAGAUUCUGCAACUCUCUAAUGGCGCUGCCUCGAUACCCCAUCUCGGCAUUCCAGCCUACGAGUGGUGGUCUGAAUCUCUUCAUGGUCUGGCACCUAAUGGACCUGGAGUCACCUUUAAUGGCUCUGUAACCUCUGCAACUAUCUUCCCUCAAGUCAUUUUAUCCACUUCUUCUUUCAAUUCCUCUCUCUGGUUUUCGCUUGCCUCUUCAAUUGGGGAUGAGGCUAGAGCCAUGCAUAAUGUUGGUCAAGCUGGUUUAACCUUUUGGGCUCCAAAUAUCAAUAUUUUCAGAGACCCAAGAUGGGGUAGAGGCCAAGAAACCUGUGGAGAAGAUCCACUGGUUGCGAGUGUUUAUGCAGUUGAGUAUGUAAGGGGGUUUCAGGGAGAGCCUGAGUUUGAAGGUUUGGAUGAUGAGUUGAUGAGAGAUAAAAGGAUUCUUAUUCCGCGUGAUUCCAAAUUGAAGCUCUCUGCUUGUUGUAAGCAUUUUACUGCGUAUGAUCUCGAGAAUGCCGAGAAUGUUACAAGAUAUACAUUUAAUGCCAAGGUAUCGAAGCAAGAUUUGGAGGACACAUACCAACCACCAUUUAAAAGUUGUAUCCAAGACGGUCAUGCAAGCUGUUUGAUGUGUUCCUAUAAUCAGCUUAAUGGGAUACCUUCAUGUGCAAGAUAUGAUCUUCUUACACAGACAGCUAGAAAUGAAUGGGGAUUCGAAGGAUAUAUCACCUCAGAUUGUGAUGCUGUUGCAGUAAUUUAUGAAGACCAGAGAUAUGCCCCUUCACCAGAAGAUGCAGUCGCAGAUGUCCUGAAAGCAGGAAUGGAUAUCAACUGUGGAACUUAUCUACUUCGAUACACAGCAUUUGCAGUUGAGCAGGGAAAAGUCGUUGAAUCGGACAUUGACAGGGCUCUUCUGAAUUUGUUUUCUGUACAAAUACGCCUUGGCCUUUUCGAUGGUUUUCCAAAUAAACAGAGAUUUGCAGGGUUGGGGCCGAAUGAUGUUUGCAAUGCGAAACACAGGAAAUUGGCUCUAGAGGCCACAAGGCAAGGGAUUGUUCUCUUGAAGAACACAAAGAGCUUUCUACCACUAACAAAAUCUAAGGUUUCUUCAAUGGCCAUAAUUGGUCCUGCUGCACACAAUGCAAGUCUACUCAAUGGAGAUUAUUCAGGAACCCCAUGCAACCCAACAACCUUAUUUGAAGGUCUACGUACUUAUGUUAAAAACACGGCAUAUAGUCUUGGUUGCCUUGAUAUCGCAUGUGAAUCAAGCGAUGGGUUUGGAGAAGCCAUUGAUGUAGCAAAAACAGCCGAUAUUGUUGCUGUGGUUGCUGGUUUAGACCUGACUCAGGAGACAGAAGACCAUGAUCGAGUAAGUUUAAUUCUUCCAGGUAAGCAGAGAGGUCUCAUAACUUCCAUUGCUCAUGCUAGUAAAGGACCGGUGAUCCUCAUCUUAGUGGGAGGUGGGCCUAUUGAUGUUUCAUUCACCAAAGAAGACCCGAGAAUAGCUAGUAUCCUAUGGAUUGGCUACCCAGGUGAAACGGGUGGGGAAGCAGUUGCAGAAGUCUUAUUUGGAGAUGUCAACCCAGGUGGGAGGCUGCCUGUGACAUGGUACCCUGAAUCAUUCACCAGUGUGCCAAUGACUGACAUGAACAUGCGCCCCGACCCAUCUCGAGGAUACCCUGGUCGAACUUAUCGAUUCUACACUGGGGAGGUGGUUUACCCAUUUGGUCAUGGGCUGAGUUAUUCAGAAUUUUCUUAUGAGUUUCUCUCUCUUCCCAAGUUCCUUUCAGUCCCUAAGGUCGAAUUACUCAGUUCAACUCCGGACACCUUAAGAACAAAUCAGGUUGAUUACAUUUACAUUGAAGAGGUGGAAACUUGUGAAGCAUUGAGGUUUUAUGUGCGUGUAUCUGUGUUGAAUGAUGGUGGUAUGGAUGGAAGCCAUGUUGUUCUUUUGUAUAGUAAAUCACCAGCUAGGAUUAGUGGCGCUCCAAAAAAGCAGUUAAUUGGAUUCAAACGUGUGCACACAAAAUCUAAGCAGCCUACCGAAGCUGUGUUCUUUGUGAACCCAUGUGAGAACCUAAGCAAUGUGAAUGAGCACGGAGAAAGGGUUUUGGAAAUUGGAAACCAUGUCCUCAUGGUUGGGAAUGUAGAGCAUCUUAUGGUUGUAGGAAGUUGAAGCUCAUGUGUUUCUUUGUUGGCUGAACAAACAGCCCUGAUUUCCAGUAAUUGUGUAUUUAUGUGAAUUUCAUAAAAGAAAGUCAAUUCUGUUCUCCAAA